AUGGGGCAAGAUACCCCUGAGGCCCUGGAGCCUAGCGAGGGCGACCAAGGCCGCGCUCUGGCAUCGCCUGGGGUUGUCCGAUCUGGCCUGGAAAUGGCCGCCCUCUGCGACCAGUUGGGGCUCACCGCAGCCAGCGUGGCGUCGCCUGAGGCAGCAGGCCCCGCAGCGCCCAGCUGCGCUGUGCAGGGCUCGCCUCCCCCAGCGGCCGUCGCGCUGUCAGCUGCCGCCGAGAUCGGACCGCCGCCUGUCGAGCAGGCGGCCCUGUGCACCCCGCCCAAGGGAGGGCGUAGAGAUCAUGGUGCGGUUCAUGGUGAUGACGCUCGCGCGGCCUGCAGCGGCGUCCUGAGCGGCGACAGUCAGUCUGGCCGCGGCGAGGUGGCUGCCACCUCGAUCGCCCCGCAGGGGGAUGCAUGCGCCGCAGUGGAUGGCGGCGGUGGCUUGGCGCUGGAGGGAUCGCUGGAAGAAUUGCUUGAGGAAGCCCUGGAUGCCGACGGCGUGGAGGCGAUCGAACCAGCGACGGCAGCGGUCUCCGAUAGCGAGUUCGACCCUAAGGGCCCGCGCGAGGCGGCCGCCCUGAGCCACGCGCGCUUUGAUGUCAGGGUGUUUGGCGGGGCAGCAGCUCGCGAGUUGGCCGCGGGCGACGCCCUGCGGUGCCAUGCCGUUGCCGCGCAGACGGCAGGCGAGGAUGUUCGUUCGCGCCUGCAGGCUUCGCCGCCUGCGACGCCGCGGCCUCGGCAGGCGCCUGCCCAAGACGCCCCCGUUGGCACGCUGGUGAAGACGCCUACUCUGGGGCUGAAACUCCCCUCGAGGUUGGCCAAGCCGCCGCCCUUUCGCCCGCAGCUGCGGGACGUCCCAGAGUCGCCCAGCUCCCGGAGCGCAGCUUCGACGCAGCCGAUGCCCUCGCCAGGAGCUUCGACGCAGCCGAUGCCGUCGCCGCCAGCCUCGCCGCCUGCGGCCCCUGUUCAACCUACGGGUGGUGCCGCGGCGGGCCCGCUGGUCGCGGCAGCCGUGACCGCGACGCCCGCGGUGCCGCCCACGUGCCAGGCG